GUGACGUAACAGACUAGCGCCGUCGCCUUUAUAACCUCACGAAUCGGCCCAUAGACUUGUUUUUCCUCAGAACUGCCAUGAGCAAGCGAAAUCAGGUGUCAUACGCGCGGCCGGCUGAGCCAGCGUUCCUGGCCCGAUUCAAGGAGCGGGUCGGCUACAGGGAAGGGCCCACCGUGGAGACCAAGAGAAUCCAGCCUCAGCUUCCAGAUGAAGAUGAUGAUCACAGUGACAAAGAAGAUGAACAACCGCAAGUAGUGGUUUUAAAAAAAGGAGACCUGUCAGUUGAAGAAGUCAUGAAAAUUAAAGCAGAAAUAAAGGCUGCCAAAGCAGAUGAAGAGCCAGCUCCAGCUGAUGGAAGAAUCGUUUAUCGAAAACCAAUCAAACGCCCCUCAGGUGAAAAAUAUUCAGGUUUAACAGCAAGCUCAAAAAAGAAGACGACAAAUGAAGAUGCAAUAACUCAAGACUCAGUUAAAAAGAACUCACAAAAGCAAAUAAAAAACAGUAGCCUCCUUUCUUUUGACAAUGAAGAUGAAAAUGAGUAAGUGUAAACAUUUGACUUAGUCUUCUUGGAAAAUAUAUGUUUGUUUUUUAAAUAACACUUUUUCCUAUUAUAAAGAUACUACAAGUUCAUUAUAGAAAAUUAAGUAAAUAAACAAAUUUAAUAAAAUAAGCUAUCUAUGCAUUAAUUCCCUUCUGACUUGAAAUGCCAACUCUGUAGAAAUUAACUACCAUUAACAUUUUGUUAUUUCUCAUGGGUGUGUAUUAAAUUAUAGAUUUUUAAGCAAAAUUGUGUAAAUACAAUUGUAUUUUACAUGU